AGACAGUGAUGCAUUGUUUCGGUUGAUGAUCUAACAACGUUUUCUUGGUUAAUUCCAUUGAUAUUUCUAUCUGGUUCAAAACCCUAACUUGUUUUCUCCCUGCUGCUACUCCUGUUUAUGGUGAAAAGAAAGAGCAAUUGAUCCAAAAACAAAUUACAAGAUCCACAGGAAUUUCUAUCUGGUCGAGUUCACUGCAAUAUUUUUUUGGUAGUAGCUUCAUUUGUUUCCAGUAUGAAAGAAGGAAAAUCGGUUAAAUUUAAUCUUCAGCAGCAGAACGGUCGUAUCUCUCCGUUUAAACUCUCCAAAUUGUUAGAUCCCGAAGCUUCGUGGGACAAGGAUCAAUUGGGCGAUGUUUUACAUUGGAUUCGGCAAGGUAUUGCCCUUGUAUGUGGGAUACUGUGGGGUGCUAUCCCUUUGGUUGGAGCCAUUUGGAUUGUCGUAUUUCUGCUGCUAUCCUCAGGAAUUAUUUAUGGGUACUACUCAAUAAUCCUAAAAGUUGAUGAGGAGGAUUUUGGAGGUCACGGAGCCCUCCUUCAGGAGGGACUUUUUGCAUCAAUUACUCUGUUUCUACUCGCGUGGACUCUAGUAUACAGCUUAGCACAUUUCUGAUUGGCAGUUUACACUGAUGUGGCGAACGCUUUCCUACUGGAUUUUCCUCUCAUUUAGACUUCUCUAUUUUCAUCUUCUGGUGCAACAGCUGGCACAAUUUGCUCAAUUAGGUGAGCUACCAUUGGUUAUUCCCACAGAAGAAAGGAGAUAAAGUCCUACAAAUUAUGUGCAUCAACUUGUAAUUGUGCAGCUUGUACCUGGACUAAUUGUGGUGACAUUAGGGUACACGAGCCAUGGAAUCUAGGGUGGUGAUUUUCACCAGUGUGCUUUGUAGCCUACAUUUUUAUUUGGAUCAUAAGUUUGUUUUUGGUAGUGAAAAGUGUUAUUUGGCAAGCUUGACAACACCUUGGAGACUAGAAUGAAACAAAAAUGUCUCAUUACUGGA